GCGGGCGGUGCGGAACCGAGCGCGGCGCGGCGCAGAGCACAGCAGCGCAGCUCGGCUCGGCGCAGCGCAGCGCGGCGCGUCUUAGCAGAUCCCGGCGCGGCGCAGCAAAGUUUCUUGCCCGCUCCGGGUCCCCUCGGCCCUUCUCUGCGUGUCUGCAGCAGCCGCCAGUGGCGGCGGAGCUCACUGGGGAGGAACCGGCGGGGGCUCGGGGUGCCGCAAACCGAGACCUCCCGCCCCUGGAGCGGCGGUGGCCGAGAGGGAGGCAGGCAGGCAGGGCUGCCGCGGUCGUGGCGGUGCCGGUGGCCGGAGAAGGGAGAGGUGGAGGUGGAGGUGGAGGUGGGAUGGCCCAGCCCUGAGCAGCGGCGGCGGCGGCGGCGGCUCCUCGGCGGAGCCUCCCCCCCAUCUCUAGCAAGGGUGGUCAUGGAUGCUGUUGAACUGGCCUCAAGGGGAUUGAUUUCUGCCCCUGAGCACCCCUCCUUCCAAUCAGUCUCCCUUGGCUUAGCUCCGUGCCCUCACCCCGGGAAAGGGGUGUGGAAAGAAGCAGCCACAGAGCCCAUGGAUCUCAGAACAUCGAGGACAAGGUGAGCAGCAUCAUCGCUGGGCAUCUAGGAAAACACAUGACACCUUCAGCCUUUGGAGCUUCCUAGACUCUUCGAGGUGGAGACUUCCAGUGGUCAGCGUCUGUGCCAGGAGUAGCUAGGGCCACAUCACCCACCAGGGAGAGAGUGGCAUUUUCUUUGGGCUGAAAGAUCUUUAGGGGAGAGACUGUAACCUUCCUCGGAGAAGAAACUGAGGCAGAGAGAAGUUAAGUGAACACGAUGCUCUGGAGAGUCACAGAAGAUUGGGCAAACAUCAUAACCCCUCAGUGGAACAGCCUGGGGAAUAACUAUCGCAUCUGAACAAGCUAUCCAGCAUGUUCUGCCCGCUCUACCACGUGGCAUGCUGACCAUGAGCAUCAACUCCUCUCUCAGCCAAGGGAAGGAGCUGGCCAACCUCCCGGGCCCGGAAGGAGAUGACGGGGCGGUCACCAUCACUGAAUCUAUUGCCAUCAUCAUCAUCGCCAUCUUUGUCUGCCUGGGUAACUCGGUGAUUGUCUUCACCCUGUACAAGAAGUCCUAUCUCCUGACACUUAGCAACAAAUUUGUCUUCAGCCUGACCCUGUCAAACUUCUUGCUGUCUGUGCUAGUGUUGCCCUUUGUGGCAACAAGCUCCAUCCGGCGGGAAUGGAUAUUUGGGGUGGUCUGGUGCAACUUCUCUGCUCUCCUGUAUCUGCUGAUCAGCUCUGCCAGCAUGCUUACCCUGGGCGUCAUUGCUAUUGACCGCUACUAUGCUGUCCUUUAUCCCAUGGUGUACCCCAUGAAGAUCACUGGGAAUCGGGCUGUGCUUGCCCUUGUCUACAUCUGGCUCCACUCCCUCAUUGGCUGCCUUCCCCCCUUGUUUGGCUGGUCAUCUGUGGAGUUUGAUGAGUUCAAAUGGAUGUGUGUAGCUGCCUGGCACCGAGAGAUUGGGUACACGGCCUUCUGGCAAAUCUGGUGUGCCUUGUUGCCUUUUGUGGUCAUGGUGGUUUGCUAUGGCUUCAUCUUCCGUGUGGCCAGGGUGAAAGCCCGCAAGGUCCAUUGUGGUACAGUGGUCAUUGUGGAGGAGGAUGCCCAAAGAAAUGGAAGAAAAAACUCAAACACCUCCACCUCGUCCUCGGGCAGUAGGAGGAAUGCUUUCCAAGGUGUGGUCUACUCUGCUAACCAGUGCAAAGCCCUCAUCACCAUCUUGGUAGUGAUUGGUGCAUUUGUUGUCACAUGGGGCCCCUACAUGGUCGUCAUCACUUCUGAGGCCCUCUGGGGGAAGAACAGUGUCUCUCCUACCUUGGAGACCUUGGCCACAUGGCUGUCUUUCACCAGUGCCAUCUGCCACCCUCUCAUCUAUGGACUUUGGAACAAGACAGUGCGCAAAGAAUUAUUAGGUAUGUGUUUUGGAGAUCGGUAUUACCGAGAGCCAUUUGUUCAGCGACCAAGAACUUCCAGGCUGUUCAGCAUCUCCAACAGGAUUACAGACCUGGGACUGUCACCACACCUCACCGCCCUCAUGGCAGGAGGGCAGCCGCUGGGUCACAGCAGCAGCACCGGGGACACUGGCUUCAGCUGCUCUCAGGAUUCAGGGACCGAUGUGAUGCUACUUGAAGAUUACAGUUCUGACGACAAUCCUCCUUCACGCUGCACUUGCCCUCCCAAGAGACGGAGCUCGGUGACAUUUGAAGAUGAAGUAGAACAAAUGAAAGAAGCUGCCAAAACCUCGAUUCUCCACGUGAAGGCUGAAGUACACAAGUCCCUGGACAGUUAUGCAGCCAGCUUGGCCAGAGCCAUCGAAGCAGAUGCCAAGAUUAGCUUGUUUGGGGAGGAGGCUCUGCCUGGAGUACUGCUGGCAACCCGGACCAUGCCAGGGGGCAGCUUUGGGGGCCGUCGAGGGAGUAGGACUCAUACUAGCCAGAGGCUGCAGCUGCAGAGCAUUGAGGAAGGGAACAUUUAGCUUUGGGGCCAUCGCUAAGGGACCAGACACCACUCAGGGGCAAGGGCUGGAGAGGCCAUUCCACACGAUGCCAAGAAAGCAAGACCCUUUUCCAAGGAAGCUGCGCCCCUGGGUUGGCACAGUUUGGUUUUGGAGGAACUAUAAAGGGGGUGGGGGAAAUCAGCUGAUAUACAAGCACCAAAAAACAAACAAACAAAAAAAGACAAUAUUGCUACAGUCAGCAACUAGGUUAGGCUCAUUGUUGCACUGUAGCCACUCUCCUAGGUUCUAGUAACUUUUUAUCCCCGAGGGGAGCUGAGGCACAUAGAUAAACAGAUGUAGCAUGGUUUCCUUUUAUUCCAAGAGGACAGCGUUGGGGCUGAGAUGUUUGAAUGUAGCACAAAGUCACCCUAUUGAGCAAGCUGCUUUACUCAGCACCUUCUUUCCCCUGGGAUCCUCAUGGUGGGUUGGACCAGAAACUUAGAGAGAGAUGAAUGCACUUUCUAGGGAGGGCAUCCUUCUACUUUGUCCCCAAGGGCAUUGGAUGGUCACCUUGUUCUUUGUGUUGGCGUGUGCCCUUGGGUGCUGUGUGCAGCGAUUCCAACAUGUGCUGGGGAAAAAAGAAAAUCAAGAGGGCCUGUCUAGCAGAAGGCCCACCUGAUUGAAGAAUUAGUCCUAAGAGCUGGUGUCCCAGCUAUCCAUCUGUUUGGCUUGUGGGUGCUUCUUGCUGAGGCUGUAGGUGGGCCAGGUCAGAGGGUACUGAAGUUGUCCUUGCCAGAGAGUAGAUCAUUCAUUGAGGACCAGGCUGUUUGACUUUCUCACCCAAGGGUGUUUGUAUUUCAAAAGAAGGGGAAAACCACUAUUCCUAAGGAAAGAGGAGGAGUCAGAGACCUUGUGUUUCUGAUCGAAAAAUUUCAGGAUAGGUUAAUUACAGUAGGGAGGAUGGUGCUCAGCACAACUACGUAAUGCAGCUCUUAUUUUUAUUUGGGGAUGGAGUUAUCCUCACAAGUAAAAUCUUCAUGGAGUCGACUUCUGUCUGUGAGAUUACAAAUGAUCUUAGAACAGAAUUUUCCUGGGGACUAGGGUUAGAAAGGAAUUAAUGGUCCAAAAAGCUAGUAACUGCUUCUCAAGAUCUACCCCCAGAACUUAGUGGUCAUUUUUCUUUCACAUUGAAGAAAAGGAUGGACACAGAGGCAGGGAACAGUAUUUGUACCUUUAAAAAAAAGGGGGCGUGGCAUAUACAAGGAAGGGACUACCUGGGCAUUUUUCCAGUCUGCCUUUCUACUUAUUGCAUAGUCCCCAGUGGAAGACCAGCCAGCAGGAAAUGUAGGAGGAAAGGGCCUGAAUUGUAAAGAGUUUUUCAAAGGUACAAAGAACAGUGGGGAUCCAUGAACUUCCUACGGUCAGAUUUUUCUUAGCUUGACCUUGGAGGUUUGGCCUUCAGACCAUAAGGUCUGAACUGAGCCCAAGAUUCCAGAAGAAUUUCUUCCUUCCCUGUCAUCUUCCCUUUGACUUGGCUGGGGUGGCAUUAUCCUUGGCAGAAUAGAAUCCGUUUGUGAUUUGGGGGUUUGGGUGCAAUAUAACUGAGAGGCAGCAUAGUUUAGUGGAUAGAGAGCUGGCCUAGAAAUCAAAAAGUCCUGGAUUCCAGUUCUGCUUCUGAUACAUACUGGCCGUGUGACCCUGAACAAGUCACUUAAUCCCUCAGUGCUCUAAAUGACCCUCUAGGAUUGUGAGUUUCAGAGAAUAUGCCAUCCUGCAUUGGGAGAGGGAAUUUCCCAUCCCAAGGAGUUGCCUAUACCUUAAGAAACCACAGGUCCAGACUCUCUCUCUCUGAUUAGCCAGGUCUUAAAGUGGCCCGGGUAUAUCUGCUUUCAAGUAGCUAUUCUUCAAGGUUUUCUGUCCUCAUGACACUUCCAUUUGGGACAUGGCUGAGUUGGGAGGGUAGAAGUAUUAGACUUUAGGCAUUCUUGGCAUCCACUCUGUAGAGCCCUAGCGUAAAUAGAAAGCAUCUGUAAUUGCAUUUUGUAAGAGGCCUUAUGGUAUUGGCCUACAGUGCAAUCUUGAUAUUUCUCCCAAGUCAAGAAUGAAGCCCUUGUUAACAUUUACCAAAUUAAUGCCCUUUUGUGUUGGUUGAAGACAAGGGUAUUGUGCUUGCAUGUUGGCAGAUGGUGAGAGGGCUUCCAAACUGGAGAGCAGAGUUGGGAUCUCAAAAGAUGUUGAACCAGCUAGAACCAUGGGCUGACUCUAUCAGGAUGAAAUUGAGUGGAAAUGUGUGAUGUUCUACCUUUGGAUCAAAAAAGAAAUCAGGUGCCUUAUGAGGGAGGCCUGGCUAGAUGAGAGAGUGCAUGGAGGAGAGUAGGGAUUUAGCAGGCGACAAGUGCAAUGUACUAUGGGAUAUGGCAGCCACAACAGGAUAUUGCUUUCAUGAACAACAUUUGGCAAAACAUCCCAUCCCGAAUGAGGGAUUUGAUAGGAUUGGAAUUAGGAAGGAGAGCAGAGGCUAUCUGGUCCAGUCCCCUUAUUUUACAGAUGAGAAAACUGAACCUCAAGGAGCUUGAAUGACUAAUCAAAGAUCACGUAGUAAUAGAGGUGGAAUUUGAACCCAGGUCAUCUGUCUCGGAGCCAUUUGUAGGCCACAUGUGGAGUCCUGAGUUCAGUUCUGAGAUACGAAGGCCCUUGAAAAAUUAGAGCAAGAAGAGAGGAAGGAGACCAGGAUUGUGAGAGGCCAUGCAAUCAUCGAGUCAAGACCCCAUGGAUAAUUUGCUUGGAGAAGAGGAGGCUUUUAGGGAGGAUAUGAUUCUUCAGGUAUCAGGCUGCCAUUCUGGAAGAGUAAUUAUACUUGUGAUCAGCCCCAGAGGUCAGAAUGACAAGCAAUGAAUAGAAGCUGCAGAGAGAUAUAUUUAGGUUCAAUGUAAAGAGAAACCUAUUUGGGGCAGUUAGAGCCUGUCUAAAAAUGGAAUGGGCUCUGUUAGGAAAUAGUGAGUUCCCCAUCAUUAGAGGUCUCGAAGUAGACAUUGAAUGACAAGUAGAAAUGGUCAUGAAGUAGAUUUCCUGUUCAGAUGGCCUCUGAGGACCUGAAAUUAACUGUUCUAGGUGCAAGGAUGGGGUAUGCAUAUGUAUAGCUAAAAGAGAGAUUAUUCCCCCUAAGGAAGGAAAGGACCUCAGUUGCCAAACCCUUUUGUGAUAUUUGAGGGCUCCUCAGGUCUUUGAUUCUCCCACCCAACCUGUUAAUUUAUCAUUCCUGAUAUUAGGGAAAUGUUUCUGAAAACACCUAAUACCAAGACAGUAUUUCUAAGGGCUAUAUUUCUGACUAGCUGUUAGGGAUAAAAGAAUGGACCUGGGGCAAAUGACAGAGAGAGGAUGAGGAGAUACUCUCGGACAUUUCAUUACUGUCCUUCACGUUGUUGACCCCAGCUGCUGGGAGAGGGAAGGGUUCCAUGGAACAAUAGACCAUCUGCCAGGGUUACCUUGACCCUUUUCAAGAAAAGAUUUGGAGGCUGGAUGGCUUAGAGGAUACCUUUUCCCUGAAUGGCUAAAGUUCCAGGUGAAAAUGUCCUGGGAAGCUAACCUUUCCCCAUAAACUGAUCCAUAGGCUAACUGGACAGUAUUAAGAUUCAUCUCGAGAAUCACCCUGUUUCCAUUUUUGAUUUCUACAAAUUUCCAGGUACUUUGUAUUGCCUUACAAAUUACCUUAUCCACGUUAAUUGGGAGAGACUGUGUUCUAAGGUAAAUCCUAACAUUCCCCUUUGUGUCUACAAGGAGCUGAGCUUAGAAAAUUGCAUGUAAAACACCUGCCCACCUAGUGGAGGUGUUGUCAAAAAUCAAAACAAACAAAAGCAACAACCUGUCCCCGUUCAGUUGAGAUUCCCUGUCACGUUAACUCCAUCCAGACCAGUGGUAUCCUUCCUGAAUGAGAAAAUCUUUCAUGACAAGAUGGAAAACUGUUAAUCUUCCAGUUGCCUGACUACCUCCAUCCUGACCCCCAAGCUUGCUGCCUUCUCAUUGGUAAUGCAGGAUACUUCAAGGGCUAUUAAGGACCCUGGAGGCUUUCUCUGAGUUCAUUCUACUGUAGAGAGCCUUAGAGCGUCAAUGUAUUUAGGUCCAAAAGAUCAAGCAGUGUUACCUAUGUCUAGGACCAACAGCACCAAAUGCUAUGGGUUGUUAGGAUCUUUGAGGGCCAGCAGUUGGUAUUUGAAGGAUGCACUAGGACACUCAGCAUCUUAAGCAAUAGAUGUUGAAAGUUGUUGCUAUGAAAAUUAUCACUAUUAUCAUUGAAAGAAUGCCUUGGGGGCAGCUAGGUGGCACAGUGAAUAGAGCACCGGCCCUGGAUUUAGGAGGACCUGAGUUCAAAUUCGACCUCAGACACUUAACGCUUACUAGCUGUGUGACCCUAGGCAAGUCACUUAACCCCAAUUGCCUCACCCAAAAGAAAAAAGAAAGAAUGCCUUGGCUUGGGAGGAGGGAUUAGGAUAGCAGAUGCCAUUUUGAUCAAUUAUAUACCUUUUGUAGAAAGAAAACAGUUAAAUCAACCAUGCCGAGAAGUAUUUUUAAAUAUGCCUUAACUCAGGUUUCCUAUCCUGUAUGGUAUGGAAAGAAUGUAGCCAAUAUUUUUUAAUACUUGCCCUUAAUACAUGGUUAUCGACAUGGUUAGCAGGAAAUUUAUCAGCUGAGUUAAGUGUGCCCAGGGAAAUCCUUUGACCAGCUUGCUUUGUUUUAUGUCCCCAAGGGAC